ACCCAGCACAAAGACUUUGAUCCUUGCAUGUACUGGGUCAUGCCUGUCUGCCUGUCAUCCUUUGUUGUGGUAAUGACACUCGCAUGCUUUGUGCAUGUCAUCCAUGAACUUCCACUUCUAAAAGAUGGCUGACCAUAACUCUGUCAAAAGACCAGCUGAUCGAGGGAAACAAGAACUGCAUGGGAUGGAUCAGCCAGCAGACUUUAGGAGCACUUGUUGAUGCUGUGGUGCUUGUUUGUUUCUGUGGUCUCUUUUAGCUCAUGGUCGUUGUGCUUUUACUGUUCAAAUCUCAUUGACUCAUUGCUGCUUUUACUUCUUUUGCCUUUUGUUCAGCACACGUGGAGGUUCCAUCUCCUGUUGCACGCUCCAGUCAGGGACUAUCAGAUACUAGAUAUCAUGCUGUGCAUGUUAUUACUUGUCUCCCUCCUUAAGGGCCUGACUCCUCCAGAUGUCGGCCCGUUGGGGGCUGGGGACGGUCUGUUAGUCAUCACUAACGCACACUGGGUCACACUGCCUCCGGCAACAAUUAGUGGCUUUUGGAAUACUUGAGAGGAGUAGAAAACAAUGGCUGCGUCCCCUCGGGGCGGAUCGUUCGUCUGCUUCCUCGGCUCCAUCCCCUUGACAAAAACACACCCUGUCGGAUCACAGAGGACGGGGAGUGGUCCUGGAGGGCCGGUCCUCGGCCGCGCGCCGCCUGUGAUUUGCUGACUCGCUCUAAUUGGAUCAAGUAGAAACUUGCUUAGCUGGAUGCAGUGCGCUGGGACUGGGAGCAGCCCGCACACAGCAGCAGACAGGAAGAGGCAGGCUGCCCUGCUCGACACUGGGAGAGGAGGAGAGAGAGGCAGAGGGGAGUGUCCCGCGCCUCCUGCUCCGUGCUGCUGCAGCCCCCACCCUGCCUCCUUCGCCCUUUAAUUCUCUUUACUCAUCGGUUUCUGCUGCUGCACCUGCCGCUCCCUGAUGAUUCAGCCGUUCGGCUAGUUCGGAGCUCCACAGGCGAGGCAGCAUGCCCGUCCUGCCACUGCAGUGCCGGCCGGCCCGUCCUCUGCAGCCAGCCCGUCGCGUCCGCAUCCUUUCUUCUGCUCCAUGGCUCAGGUGAGUGAGCGCCAGGCUUCCGUCGUUGAGAAGAGUGCGGCUCCAGAUUUAGCCUCCACGUCCUCCCAGGCCGUCACCAGAGUUCGACUCACUCUGAAGAGCAUCGUUACUUCUCUGCCCUGCAGCCUCAUGAUGGAGAACCUAGUCAAGGAGACUGGUGGCACGCUGCCACGGGCCAGUUAAUAGGCGAGGUGUCUGUACAGAGCUCCAGCAACUGGACACGAUGACAGAGGGAAUGGACGACCUCUCCGCGGGGCCGGCUGCGACUCCUGGAUCGACCUCCCCCACCUGCUCCGCCGUUGAUACCGGACAAGUCCCCGAGGAGAAACCGGAGGAGGCCGAGGCGGCAGCUGAGAGCGGGGAGGAGGGUGCAGAAGGAGCUGCAGAGGGAAGUGCUGCGGGCGAUGGGGAGCAUCUGGGGGCUUUGGGAAUUGUGGCCCUGCCAGGGACCUGCUGCGUGUGCAUAGAGAUGGAGCACAUUAGCAGCUGCCUGCACUCUGAGAAAAUCUGCAUUCUGCCCAUCCUGGCCUGUCUGCUGAGCCUGGCCCUCUGCACGGCUGGCCUCAAAUGGGUGUUUGUGGAUAGGAUCUUUGAGUAUGAGCCGCCCACACACUUAGACCCUAAACCCAUCGGACAGGAUCCCGUCAUUAUAGCUGACCCGACGCAGGGCCUGCCCGUGUCCACCGCCGGACAUCCUGAGGACGCAACGCAGAGGCCACGCGGGUCCGAAUCCCCUGGAGCGACUCUGCCUGAUCCCUCUGUGACGCUCAAAUACAACGCAGAGCGCCCCACCGGCCCCAAGCAGACUCCCAGACCUCAGACCACACAGGAGUCCAAUGACAUCCCCGUUCCCACCGUCUCCACCACCAGCUCCACCACCUCAGCCAAGACCAGUCACGUGACCCCCUGCAGCGACAAACAGAAGAACUACUGCGUGAAUGGAGGAGAGUGCUUCACCCUUGAAAUCAUGCCGGGCAGCACAAAGUUCCUCUGCAGGUGUCCAAAUGAAUUUACUGGUGAUCGCUGCCAAAGCUAUGUGAUGGCCAGCUUUUACAAACGUCUUGGGAUUGAAUUUAUGGAAGCUGAGGAGCUGUAUCAGAAGCGUAUUUUAACCAUCACAGGGAUCUGCAUCGCUCUGCUGGUGGUUGGGAUCAUGUGUGUGGUCGCCUACUGCAAAACCAAGAAGCAGAGGAAGACGCUCCACGACCGUCUGCGGCAGAGGCUGAAGAGUCAGAGGCAGAAGACUAACACCGGCGCCGGACACAACCCGGCCAGAGCUCGGCCCGUCUCUAACUUGGCUCUUCAAGACCUGCAACUUAACAAUUGUAACGGGAAGGUCGUCCAGCCUGCGGCCGAGGAGGAGACAGAGGCGACCACAUCUGGCAACGAGCCGCCAGCACUUCCCCACAGCUCCAGCCAAAGGCUCCACCCUGCGUGUCAGGCCUCUCCUUUGACUCCAGCGUCUCCCCCGUCCGAGGCGUCCGCCCCCCUGUCCAGCCUGGCGGCGUCGGUGAGUCCCUGCGGGGGAGAAGCCGCUCCCCUGCUCCUGUCCAAACGCGCCUCCACCCAGGGUCCAGACAGGAGGAUGUCCGCCCACUACAACCACGGCCACGUGGCCCACAGCUCCCCUCCCAGCCCGCUCCCCGGCACCGCGGAGCGGAACGGCUGCUCCAGCUGCGACAGCGUGUUGGGAAGCGACAGUGAACAGAGCAGCACCGUCCUGCUGCUGAAGGGCAGAAGGACUAAGGCGGCGCCGGCCCGUCCAGACAGCAAACAGCCACAAGGCCUUCACUAACCACGCUUCGUUUUCUACCAAUGACUUUAAGAUGCAUUAUUUUAGUGAUGUAGUGAAUAAAGAGCUUUAUAAGACACAGGCAGCGUGUGUACAUGUAAAGUGCCAUACUCUAGUAUGCAGCAAUGAUUCCCAGGCUCAGCGGUGCCUUUGUUUCAGCUUAAGGAUGUGCAGCAGGUUCUACCAUUGCCCCCUGACAUCACACGUGGAGCGUCUCCUCUCUUUUCAGGGGCUUCACGGCUGAAGCCUGGACUGAUGCUUCAGACGACCUGCAGGUUCCGUGUCAGCCCUGGUGUCAGGAUGCUGCGGCGGUGGAGCAUUACCCAUUAGCAUGAUGACCAGCAGUUCUUCAGGAGAACAAACACUUGUGCUCGGAGUCUCCUGUAUGUUACGAUUUUCAUCCUAAAUGCAAGAAUGUGUAUAAAGUAAAUGUGUGAGUGUAGAUGUGUCACAUUGUGUCACAUGUAGCUCAAUAAAACAAACGCAGAUAAAGAAACAGCUUAAAAUCCACAAAACCACAUCUUCAGUUAGUUCACGUUUAUUGUACUUAUUUUUAUGAUGUAUUGUAUGAUCACAUGCAGUUUGAUUGCAUGUGAGUUCUGAAAGGUUUGAAUAAUGUUAACAGAUGAUGAUGAUGAUGAUGAUGAUGUGUCGCCUCCUCUUCAAGCUGAAGCCAAAAAACUGUUAUGUCAGAUAACGUGUGUUAGUCGAACGUGGUUUCACUUACAGUAACACUGGCUGACUUUAUUUACGCCAGUCGUUGUCUGUGUUUCACACAUAAAUGAAAAUGAACGCCGUCAUUUAGGUCUAUGACCGCACACAGCGUCCAUUGGCUCCAUGUCUCCCAUGUAAAUGCACCAUCUGGUUUCUGUAUUAAAUCAGUUGUGUCAAA